AUGCGGGCUGCCUCGUCUCGCACCCGUCGCCGCGUCUUCGCAUCGCUCACGCCGGUUCUCCUCGUGACGGUUCUCCUCGUGCUCGCCACGUGUUCGCGCCUUUCCCUGCCACGUGUACACUUCUCGCUGCGCCUGGAAUGGCCCGAAGGCCGCCCACAUCACCACGUCAGCACCAGCCUUCCUGGGAGCGACCAUGCGGUGGCAGGCGCGAGUCAACAGAGUCAACGAAGUCAACGGAGGGCCCUCGCUGAGAAUUCGUCCGCCGUUCCGCCGCCGCCGCCUCCCGUGUGCGAGUGCCCCGCGUGCCCCGCCGGAGACAGUGGCCGCGGUGACAGUGGACCAGGGGGCGACGAUGCGAGGAGCGCUAGUGGAGGGGGGAGCAGUGGAGCGGAGGGUGGAGGCGAGGCGGUGGCAGAAGCGUGGGGCGAGAACCACGCGUUCCGAGUGCACCCGACGAGCAUCAGCCUGUUCGCCGUCGUCAGCACUUACCGCACUGGCGAGGCCAGGUGGGGUAAGGCGAGGCCAGGUGGCGCAAGCAAGCGUAAGAUGCCGGGUGUGGGGCAACAGGUGAGGCGCGGCCCUGGCUAUGCAGACGAGAUGAGAAUCUCUCAAGCACUCCUCAUCCCUCCGCGCCUCGCACGCUCAGGGGUGGCGGGCGACUCGCUGCUGGGCGCUCAGCUGCACCUCCCUCUCCCCCCUCCCCCCCUCCCCCUCUCCCCUCCCCCCUCUGCCCUCUCUCCUCUCCCCCUCUCCCCUCCCCCGCUCUCCCAUCCCAUGUGUGCUGAUGGGCAGCUUCAUGGUGGUGGGGAGUCGCUGCUGGCCGCCCAGCUGCACCCCCCGCUCCCCGCACUCCCCUCUCCCACCCCUUCCCUUUCCCCCCUCUCCCAUCCCAUGUGUGCUGCUGCUGCUCAGCUUCAUGGUGGUGGGUGA